AGUGUUGAGUUGUGUGACAUGUAACACCAAACUUAGGGAUCCAAAGUUAGCUUUCUUUUUCUUUUCCUUCUUCAUUAUCAUCAUCUUCUUCUUUGUUACAAUCUCUUAAAAUUCAUUGACAUGGAUGUUUGCCAUAAUGUAUCAGUUUCCAGUGAGUGUCAACAAGAGAUUCCUACCCUUGAUGACCUUUUUUCUGCUCAGAACACGGAAGUGGAUUUUGGCAUGGAAUGGUUGUCAGUGUUUGUGGAGGACUGUUUUUCUAGUAGGCCAAGUUGUCUUUUGGCACCUACUGGUGUUGAAGCUACAAGCACUAGCACCAAACCUUCAAGCACAAUGCAUAGACCCCAACAAAAUCAGUGUCAGUUGCCUAAUUUUGCUGUGCCAGGGAAGGCCAGAAGCAAGAGGAAGAGGCUUUCAGCCCCUAGAACCAAGGACACUUUGAACACCUGGUCACAGCAUCUGAGCCCAGAAAGUGAUGGGUUGGGUGCAGACCCACCUCUUUUGAAACAGGCUUAUUGGUUGGCUGAUAGUGAACUCAUUGUCCCUAACAAGAAGGAUGAGUUAGAAGAGGUGACCAAAGUUGGGGAAUUGGAAGAGGGGGAGGUCAUGGAGAAUUCGAUUGUGAGGAAGGAGAAAUUGGGGGAUUGUGAGGUUGAAGUUAAGAACAAUAAUGAUAACAAUAACAAUGGGCAGCAUCCAAUUCCAAGAAGGUGCACACAUUGUUUGGCUCAGAGGACCCCACAAUGGAGGGCAGGACCAUUGGGUCCAAAGACACUAUGCAAUGCAUGUGGAGUGAGGUACAAGUCUGGAAGGUUGUUGCCAGAGUAUAGGCCAGCAAAGAGUCCUACUUUUGUUAGCUAUUUGCAUUCCAAUUCACACAAGAAAGUCAUGGAGAUGAGAAUGGGUGCCCUAUCAUCCAUUCCUGCAGAGCACUAGUGCAACUCAUAUUACUAGAUAAUUUUCAUGUAAAAUCAAACUUCAAAAUUAAAAGAAAAAUUAUUUAGAAACAGAUAUACCAGUAAGGAAGGAGGCAUUUAUGUUAGAAU